CUCCUGUAACUCCUCGUGUACCAACGGCUGGAGAAAGACGGCGCUGUUAAAGCAAGGAAUCCCUUACAAUAAUCAAUCAGCUUUGCCAUGGCUGCGGGGACAUAUCGUUGCUAUCGCACGCGCAGUUAGUCAUGAACUGGGUUUUAGUGCGCGGACGAGCGAAUGUGUUGAUGUUUGUAUUUUGUUUUUAUUUGCUUAUUUACCUCUCUGGUACUAGACGAGGUUUUACUUUUCGUUUCUUUGGCGGUGUUACAUUUUAGAUGACUUGUUUGAAUUGUUUGUUAUUCUUGGCAUUGUGUGGUACGAGCUCAAAUGUGUGACUAUAUCUCAGUCCAUUGAAAGGGUUUUAUUCACUUUAGGAUAGAGUGAUAGAGAUCUAAGUUCUUGGACAUUUAUUGCACAAGUGAAGAUAAACGGAUUUUGUUUUUGUUUUGUGGAAACGAAACAGUUUUAAUGUGAUACUUGAGACAAUUCACGAUACAUCCCUACAGAGAUACGUUUCACUAUCGCAUGUUACCGUUAGUUCCUAGGUUUUAUAACCUACUUGACAUAGAAUUACUUACAGUGUAAUGAAUGUGUACAGCUUUCCAAAUGGACUAGGCCUACUAGACAUGACUUUUAUGAGCAUCUGUACGGGAGAUAAUGACGCUAGAGAUUAAGUCUGUCACUAUUCUGGAGUACUUGUUAAAGCACAGAUUCUCCAGGAUCUCUUCUCUUCUGAUGUCGAGGUGAUCACCAUGAACAACAAAGUGGAAGAUGAGAAGUCAAGCAUGACGGAAAAGAUUAUUCUCAUCAUCAUGCUGUCCCUGUUCUCUGUAGUGGGCUCAGUGGGCAACGGCAUGGUCAUCUUCGUCUUUCAGAGGAUUCGUGAUAAAAGUACUGCACAGAUAUUUAUCAUCACAAUGGCAGUCAUUGAUCUGUUCACGUGUAUGGUCAUCAUACCUUUCACCAUGGUGGUGGAGUACACAGACUUUAAGAUCAAGUAUGACUUCUUCUGCAAGCUCUACCACUUCUUCAUCACCUCCAAGGUGCCUCUCUCAGCUUUCAUCAUGGUGGCCAUCGCCUUUGACCGCUACUUCUGCAUCUGCCACCCAUUAAAGAGAAUCAUGACAGUGAGGAGGGUGAAGGUCAUUAUAAUGUUUCUCUCCUUCCUGGCCUGCACUCUUGGAGUAAUCACAUCCCUCUUUUACAGUGUUUAUCACUACGUGGAGAGGAUCGAUACUGAGAGAAUCGAUUCUUUGCUUGGUACGAACUUUACGGCGCAGUCCAGGGCCAAUCUGGACAAGCUGAAUGUCGUCAAGAGCCGAAGCGACGACGGAAAGGGCACGAGCGUGGAAAACUACUACACGGAGAGGGAGAGAAUCAUCAACGCCAUCUCCGAACACAACGCCACCUUCAACGGCUCAUUCCCGAUGGUGUUUGAGGUGGUCGACGUGGGGACGUGCGACCCGUCCGCCGUGAUAGUAGGAACAGCAUUACUCGAGGCCUAUCGGCCUAUCCACAUCGCAGUCUGGCCUGUGUGCUUGAUCACUGUGGUGAUACUGUAUAUGAUUAUUUACAGGUUCAUGUGCCUCAGACGCUCCAAGAAGCUUCGCCAGAAACUUCUCAUGUGCUCUUACGUUAGUAGGGACGGGACGUACGAAAAUACACGACUCGUUUCCGGAGAGGGGGACAAAAAGAAGACAAACUGUAAAAAGUCCAACAUAUCCACUUCUUCCAUUGUAGGUUCAGUGCCUACCUCAAUAUCCGGCUACGAGAUCGGGUCCAGCUCCAUCGUUCUGAAAACCACGUCAUCCUGUCAGAACGCUGAUCUUCUCCCGGAACCAAAUUCCGAUUUUGAAAAACACGGUCACAAUCUUCUGGUGGAAACUGCUCCUAAAAAUAAGAUCUCUUUUAGCCCCAUUCCCAUCGCUACGGCAGUCACCCCCACUGACCAUGACGACAACACGCCGAUCCUCAACAACUUUUACACACAGAGCGGCAGCAAUAACAAUAAUGACUCUCUUUCAGGGGAUAGGGGACAGGGCGGGCGCAGGCACAGCCACCUUCCGGAGCAGAAGUACCACUGGCACAAGAACCGGGACUCAAUGAAGCGUUACAAAGGAAAGACCAAGCGGAGAAAGUCCCAGCACAGCUUCGAGACUGAGAAGCUCUGGGAGGAGAACCGCUCUGCCAACGCCAAGACCGCCUUGAUGCUCUUCACCGUGACCAUCGUCUUCGUGAUUGCCUUCGUUCCCGCCAUGCUGAUGGCCCAGCGCCUUGUCAGCUUCAACCUUGUCGUCUUCUACACGUACUUCAUCUACAACGUGGCCAACCCUUUCAUCUACGCUUUCAUGAAUCAUAUUUUCAAAGAAUACAUGCGCAAAAUGCUCACGUGCAAAGACGCUAGCGGAACGCCCAAGAGAGCUCACUUGACAGUGCUAGCGCUUUAAAGAGAGCCAUUCUUUUUAUGAACACCUUUACAAUGCCCAUUGGAUUACAUUGAGACUUUUCUCAAUAUAACAUACGCGAGAAUGAUAUGAUGGUGACUUAACUAAAACAUCUACUACUAUUUGUCAGUAAGAGAUGAUGCAUUGUGAGUCUGUCACCAAUCAGCAGAACACAGAGAUUCAAGAGCACUGGUUAAGUUAUAUUGACUUGUUUGGUCAGGGAAGAACAAUGGAGAUAAAACAUAUUUGAAAACACAAGUCCAUAUGAAACCAUGACCAUGAAGAUUACGUAGUUGCCAAUUGUGUACAAGAUAUUUAUAGUAGAUCAUUUAUAAACAUUUAUUCAAAGAUCAAGAAAUCAAAUUUUCUUCCCAUUGAAGUCUCUCAUUACAUAUUAGCUUCCAUAACAAUAUGUGUCUCUUUUUAACAUUUAGUCUUGUAUCUCAGGCUUUAGACUAAUAUACAACUGCGGAAAUACAAACUAGUCCUACAUACUAACCAGUUGUGUUGAUAAAGACACUUUGAUUAACCUAGUAUUGAAUCACAUGAAAUGGCCAAUUUGAAAUCAUAUAUAGGCACCAAAUGAACAUACAUUUAUAGAUUUUCUACCGUAAAAACAUGGUUCAUAUACAGGUCUAUAUUGAAAUAAAAUGGUCUCAUAUUUAAAAUAAUUUCUGUACUAAAUUAUUAUUGUAAAAUUAUGGCGCCUGAUACUAGAGUACUUUGAUUAACUUGUGUCAAGUUAUAAAGAAGAGCCACUUGCUGAGAAUACAAGAACUACUAAAUGUUGAGCUUGUUCUGUAAUGGACUUUAGAGAUUAUUGAUCAGUUCUCAAUGGAUUCACUGGUUGAGCUGUACAGCUGGUCCUUGUUAAAUGUUCAUCAAUUCUAAAUCUGGUACUUACUGAUGAGUGAUUCAAAAGUGAUUUCCUUGUUUCCUUGUGAAUAGAGCGCAUGUCUUGAUUUAUGAAUCGCAAAACAAACAAAAAACUCACUAGCUUCGUGAAAAACUGCUGCCUUAAAUAUUGCAUGAUUUAUCUCGUGUCUAUGUGAUCAUCUUACAGGAAUUGAUUUCGACAUAUAAUAGUUCACGUUGUCUCCUAUCGAGACGGAUCUUAUAUUGUGGAAACCUGUCACUUAUUCAAGUCAAAUAAUUCAUACUUUUAAAAAAUAAAAACUCAUUUUCACUACCAGUGAGAAAACCACAGAGAUGAAAUCUCUAUAAUGUAAUGACACUAAAAAUCAAUUUUAAGAGAGAAAGAGAAAGAGAGAGAGAAAAGAAAGAGAGAGGGAGAGAAAGAGAUAGCGAGAAAGACGGGUUACAUAAAUAUAGAAAAAGAUGGUUUCUAAAAAAAAUUAGAAUAAUAGAGAGACAAAGAGAGAUAUACAGAGAGAGACAGACAGUGACAGACAGAGAGAAAGAUACAGAGAGAGUUAGCACGAGAGAUACAGAGAGAGCUUGAGAUACAGAGAGAUAGGGAUAGACGUGUUACAUAAAUAAAGAAAAAGAUGGUUUGUUAAAAUAUUAGAAUAAGACAGAGAGAGAGAGAGAGAGAGAGAGAGACAAAAAGAGAGAUAGAAAGAGAGAAAGCCAAAGUCUUAACAAGGCAUUGAGCUUCUUUUCCUGGUACUUUCAUUUUCUGUCUCCCUCCAAUUAAUUAAUCAUUUAAUGACUCAUUUGAAAACGUAGAAUAUCCGCGAAGUAAAAUACACGCUAACAUUAUCCGCGAAGUAAGAUUGUACUUAAAAUCUACUUUAUUGUUGCACAAAUACAGCACAGAAAAUGUUUCAACUUUAACCUAAUGUCCCAGUCCUUACAUUUGCUCUAGCCUUGGAAAAGCUUAUGUUUUUAAAUGUUAACGUCUGGACUGUCAGUUCUGUCAAUGCUUCAACACACAGACCGUUUGAUUGUCAAAACAGUUGAGCCGAAGGCUCUUCGAACUCUAGGCGUGUAAGCCUGCUUGAACAAACCGUUCUGUCUGGAAGAAAUCCAAGUCAAUAUCUAUAUAAAACAUUGCUAUUUCCGAUAUAUCCGGCACUCCUGGUGCAUGGACUAGAAUGCAUGGCCGAAGGUCGAGUACACAGGGAACCCCCUCCAUUUUCCUAUGUUGUACCAAGCUAAACGUGCAGGACUCGCCAUUAGUGUAACGGUCCCUUGGGGAACGGCGCAUGGAUUAACGACAGGGACGUGGAAGCUCUCUUUCAACUCCGCACCGUGCAAUGGGAAAGCUCUCACAAUCAUUGGACACUCCCACAGGAGUUUUGAAUUGCUCUUCAUUUACCCUAAUUACUUCCUCAAGUAAUCGUUUCCACCCGGGUGCCACGUUGAGGCAGAAUAGCGUACCCGAACACACAGACCCAGCGCCGUCUCUAGUUACACCUCAGUAGCCAUGGGCGCCCAUGUCAGUAGCCGAAGUCCUGGAGCGAAGAGAACUUACAGUAGCAAUAAUGUUGACGGCAAGGGAGGUUAUUGAGCGAAAAAAAAAGGGAAACAAAUUGUUAUACGCAAGUUCAGAUUAAAAACUAAAUUAUGUACAAUCUGCAAAGCAAACAAUGACGUUCUAACUUAAUUUGCUCCUGGAUAAAGAUUGUAAGUCAGUCUGUCUCUGUAUGUGAAGACGGUCUGCAUGUGGUCUGUGUAUGGUCUGUAUGUGGUCUGUAUGUAGUCCGAUGCUUAUCCAUUGUAAGGGAUUGAUGAAUGAUUCGAUUAGUGAUCAUGUUCCUUGCAUCAGAAAGUAAUGGUUUUAUCUCUUUUUAAUUUUCCAACGAAAAGAAAAGUGUAGUGUAGAGUUUGGUUUUAAUAAAAUACUGUAAAAAUGGGUUUACCUAAUUUGUAUUUUAUUAAAUAGAGAUGUUUAGGGAAUAAUGAAGAGACUGUUAAUUCAACAAUCCGUAGGUCAACCAUCAAUUAGAUGACCAUUCAAUCACAUCGUUAUAGCAGGUCACUCUUUGUCCAUGACAAUUAGUUCAUUGAAUACUUAUGAAUAUUAACAAAAUACUAACAAAAAAUACAACAACACUCUCGUUACGGAGAAGACAGGAUAGCUUCUGAUAUGUGGGCUGGAAAUAUUGAAACCAGUCUUUUUACCUACAUUGCUUACCAAACAGAUAGGUGGACCUUUCGUAGGCCGUCUCAAAGUUUUGUGUUAAGCACAAACUCUGUAAUAGUGUUAAAAUAUAUAUAACAAAUCUAUUUCAUUUAGAACUAUAAUGUAUUCUUUUUCUAAAUGUGAUAUUGUUGUUGUUGGGUUUUUGUGUGUGCUAUGUAUACAUGUAUCUUUGUAUUAAUAAGCUUCAAGUUUAAUGGUAAACAAUUGAUAGAAUGAUGAAACAGUAUCCAAAUAAUCAUUUCCUUCAGCUAUUCAAGAUAUAAUGUUAAGUCUUAUAUGAGUUGCCACAAUAAUAUGUUACUCUCUUCAAUCCAAUUAUAAUUGUACUUGUAAUACAAACCUUAAGACAAUUUAAUAUCUGGUCAUUUUGUUUCCCACUGACCAUUUUUUUUUUGUCCCUUCAUGCUGUAAGAUAUGUAUACGUAACUAUGAAAUGAAAAGCUCUUCCUUUUGGCGAAAGUCAAACAAAUCCAAGACUAUGUGUUUACCAAUCCUCUUUAUAUUCAAUUCAUAUUUCGUAACAAAUGUUUUCCAAGCCGAAGAUUAGAUUUUCUAUAAAAAAACAUUUGUGACAAGUUCUUCUUCUUCUUGAAACUGUCUGGUAGAGUUGAGCCUUCGGCUCUUGGACCUCGAGGCCAGCAAAAGUAAACAAGAGCUCCCUCUAACCGACCUGAAUGAGAACAAUGUAAACUGUUCUGUCGCGGGGGGUCAGGCUCGCGGCCAGAGGCUGCGUACACCGUGACCCCCGUCAUUUUCCUUUUCUAUACCAGGCUAACCGUGCAGGACACGGACCCUUGAGGAACGGCGCCUGUAUUGUUACAAGGUUGUGGGAACUUUUUUACAAUUCCGCACAGUGCAAUGAGGAUGCUCUCGCACCCCCUUAGGCACCCCAAUUUGUGGCUAGUUCAGACAUUUCGCAGGGAACAUAACAACACGCUGUAUUUUUGAAGGCUGUGCUCUGACUGCAGAGUUGUACCUCAUUGUAAAUAAACCAGGUUGUUUUCAAACAUUUUUUUUUUUUAAUUUUUUUUUUUACACUGAACUUUUUGUUAUCGUCUUGUGAUCGUAUAUCGAGGUCUUGAUAUGAUGUAUAUGUUUCUAUGUAGAACUUGUGAUAUAAUCUUUAUUUAUAAUUAUACAUCACUUGUCAAUGCAUUAUAUAAAUCUAAUUAUUAAAGAUUUUUAUUAAGCUUCAA